CAGCAGUCUCAUACCUGCUCACGGAGAAGCUAACAUGCAGGAACGCAACUUCAUGUUGUCUUUGUUACUGUUGCUCAGUGAAAGGCUUGCCUGCGAUGGCUUUGCCAGUGAACCGGCGGACGAAGAACCUUCAGGGUCGGCCCCAUCGACUGUUCAAGCCCUAUCGACUGUCCCAGUAACACUGGAAGCCUCUACAACUUCAGUGGUGUUGACAAGUGGUGACCGGCACCUGCCAACUGCCACCUCACUAACAGAAACAGAAAUUUCUGCCACCACAGAAAUAGACCCCACGAUUGGUAAUGAAAUUGAAGGUGUGCAUCCUGCUUUGAUAUUUGGAGUCCCUGCAGGGCUGGUGUUAGUCCUGCUGGUUCUAUGUAUCUUUUUCAUCGUAAGACGUCGUAAACAGAAGCAAUGCAAACAAGAGGAACUGGGAAGUGAAAACUGUAAAAGUCCUAUUUUUGAAGAAGAUACUCCCUCUGUAAUGGAAAUAGAGAUGGAAGAACUCGAUAAAUGGAUGAACAGCUUGAAACAAAAUGCGGAAUGUGAAUGUCUGACUCCUGUGAAAGAAGAAAAGGACCUGAACGCCAACACCAGUGGUUGUGAAUCAUGAAGAUGGCACUACAUGGUUUGAAAGAAGAAACAUGCCAAACCUAGAUUCCUGAG